GCAAGGCGUCUGGUCAACAUCUCUUUUGAAGGCAAUGGCCUCUAAUGAUGUUGCUUUGAUCUGUUGUUUGGUAUUCAUUAUUUACCUCUUGCUUGGGCAAGGAUACUCGAUUCGCCUCAUCUCCCAUUCCUCAGCCUUGCUGGCAGAUAUCCGUGGAUCUUCACCGCUUUUACAUCAGAGGCGCAUAGAAAGAGCAUUUGGAGAUAAGACAGAGAUACCACCGGCUGCUGAGGUAACUUGCAGGCUGGAGACUUGGAGACCAGAAAUGCCGAGCAAAUUGCUGCAGAUCAGGGGUCUCUUGCUGACCAUCGUUGCUGCCUGUAUUGGUGGCACCUUCCAGUAUGGCUUUAACCUUACAAUCAUCAACGCACCAACAAUUAUUAUCCAAAGGUUCAUCAACGAGACCUGGAUUGAGCGCUUCGACAUCCAUCUGGAGGACUGGGUCAUCACUCUCUUCUGGACCAUUAUCGUGGCCAUGUACUUUGUUGGAGGAUUGGUUGGGGCUCUUAUUUCUGGACCCAUGGCCAUAACAUUUGGAAGGAGGAAUUCGUUGCUACUCAACAAUGCUUUUGUGCUCAUUGGCGCUUUGUUCAUGGGCCUGAGCAAAACAGCCAAAUCUUUUGAGAUGAUCGUAAUCGGAAGAUUUUUUUCCGGAAUAAACUCAGGUGUGGGAUUCAACAUCAACCCCAUGUAUCUCAGUGAAAGUGCGCCAAGUAAGAUACGCGGCAUGGUGGCCCUGUCUUUUGCUCCAUUUACUGCAGCAGGAUUAGUGGUGGGACAGACAAUAGGACUGAGGGAGGUUUUGGGCAACGAUGAAUUGUGGCCUCUAUUGCUGGCAACCUGUGCAGUUCCAGCCUUCAUCCAACUCGCCUUGCUCCCCUGGUGCCCAGAGAGCCCCAGGUAUCUGCUGAUCGACAGGAAGGACAAGGACUCCUGCAUAAAAGCUUUGACGAGGUUGCGUGGCAAUGACGAUAUCACUGCAGAAUUGGAUGAGAUUCUGGAAGAGCAAAGUGUCCUUGAAGGUCAACGGGCAAAGAGAGUGUGGGAACUGUUCCGAGACCGUGGUGUCCGGUGGCAGUUGAUCAUCACCUUUGUGCUGGGCAGCGCCGUACAGUUAUGUGGGAACGACGCUAUAUAUUACUACGCUGUAUAUGUGUUUCGUGCAGCAGGAAUUCCCAGCGAUAAGAUCCAGUAUGUCACUAUCGGAACUGGCUGCUGUGAGUUUACCACAUCACUGCUAAGUAACCUGAUUAUAGACCGGGUUGGGCGCAGACUUCUGCUUAUGGGAGGUUACGGUAUGAUGGCUGUCUUUGCAAUAGUGUUCACCAUCUCCUUGAGUCUCCAGGACAAGAUCAGCUGGAUGCCAUUCCUCAGUAUGGCUUGUGUCUUUGCAUCCAUCUUAAGCUUUGGAAUUGGCCCAGCCGGAGUCACUGCAGUAAUACCGAGCGAGAUUUUUGACCAGACUGCUCGACCUGCAGCCUACAUGAUCAAUGGCUCCCUGUUCUGGAUAAACCUCAUUUUGAUAGGGUUGACUUUUCCAUUCAUUGUUGAGGGUCUGCGCAGUUUCUGUUAUGUGCCGUUCCUUUCUUUUAGCUUCUUUACAGCUAUUUUCAUUGGAUUUUUCCUACCGGAGACAAAAGGGAAGACCUUACUGGAAAUUUCUCGGAAGUUUCAGAGUCUCAACUUUAAGGGUCUGCUGAAUCAUCCAUCAAGUUUGUGAGAGCAAAAUAUAGAGAAAAUAGAUAAAGUAAUCGGCACGCAUCAUGUAUAUCUGUUAUCAGAGUCAUCGCAUAAUAUCUUUCUGAAGACUGGUCCAGGAUCUCUGCUAUUCUUCAAUCACAUGUCCCGGGAAGAUUCACUUAGUGUGUUUAUUGAGGCAGAAAAAUUGGAAGUUACCCUCAAAAAUCAAUACAAUAUUUUGUUUCGAAGAUAGAUACAAUGCUGUAGUGGCUCAGUGUGUCAGGCAGCAUCCCUAGACAAUAGACAAUAGGUGCAGGAGUAGGCCAUUCGGCCCUUC